GCGCGGUGGCCGCGCGCGGGUGUGCUCCGGCUCACGUAGCGCGCGAGGCCGCAUCGCCUCCUCCCCGGCGCCGCGGUCGUGGCCUAGAGGUUAUAAAAGGGCUAACGGGCUCCCUCUGCUGCCCAGUCGCGCCGCCAGCGGGCCGGGGAACAGGCGUGGACAGCCGGCCGCCGGCCACUCCAGAGUCCGCUGCCCGCCGCUCCUGCUUCUCAGGUGUGUGAAUCUGCAAAUUAAGUCUUCCAAGAUGAUUUGGUGUAUUUUAAUAGUAGGGAUUCUACUUACCCAGUCUUUGGCACAUCCCGGCUUUUUUACUUCAAUUGGUCAGAUGACUGAUUUGAUUCAUACUGAGAAAGAUCUGGUGACUUCCCUGAAAGAUUACAUAAAGGCAGAAGAAGACAAAUUAGAGCAAAUAAAAAUCUGGGCAGAGAAGUUAGAUCAACUAACCAGCACAGCAACAAAAGAUCCAGAAGGAUUUGUUGGGCACCCUGUAAAUGCAUUCAAGUUAAUGAAACGUCUGAACACCGAAUGGAGUGAGUUGGAAAAUCUGGUCCUUAAGGAUAUGUCAGAUGGAUUUAUCUCUAAUCUAACCAUCCAGAGACAGUACUUCCCUAAUGACGAGGAUCAGGUCGGGGCAGCCAAGGCUCUAUUGCGUCUCCAGGACACCUACAACCUGGACACAGACACCAUUUCAAAGGGUAACUUGCCAGGAGUACAGCACAAAUCUUUUCUAACAGUCGAGGACUGUUUUGAAUUGGGCAAAGUUGCCUAUACAGAAGCCGAUUAUUACCAUACAGAAUUAUGGAUGGAACAAGCUCUACGGCAGCUGGAUGAAGGAGAGGUUUCUGCUAUUGAUAAAGUCUCUGUUUUAGACUAUUUGAGUUAUGCUGUGUAUCAACAGGGGGACGUAGAUAAGGCACUUCUGCUCACAAAGAAGCUUCUUGAACUAGAUCCUGAACAUCAGAGAGCUAAUGGUAACUUAAAAUACUUUGAGUAUAUAAUGACUAAAGAAAAAGAUGAUAAUAAGUCAGCUUCAGAUAACCAGUCUGAGCAGAAAUUCACCUUGAAGAAAAAAGGAGUUGCUGUGGAUUACCUGCCAGAGAGACAGAAGUAUGAAAUGCUGUGCCGUGGGGAGGGUAUCAAAAUGACUCCUCGGAGACAGAAAAAACUCUUUUGUCGCUACCAUGAUGGAAAUCGGAAUCCUAAAUUUAUUCUGGCUCCAGCCAAACAGGAGGACGAGUGGGACAAGCCUCGUAUUAUUCGCUUCCAUGAUAUUAUUUCUGAUGCAGAAAUUGAAAUUGUCAAAGAUCUGGCAAAACCAAGGCUGAGGCGAGCCACCAUUUCAAACCCAAUAACAGGAGACUUGGAGACGGUACAUUACAGAAUUAGCAAAAGUGCCUGGCUUUCUGGCUAUGAAAACCCAGUGGUGUCUCGAAUUAAUAUGAGAAUACAAGAUCUCACGGGACUAGAUGUUUCCACAGCGGAGGAAUUACAGGUGGCAAAUUACGGAGUUGGUGGACAGUAUGAACCCCACUUUGACUUUGCACGGAAAGAUGAACCAGAUGCUUUCAAAGAGCUGGGAACAGGAAAUAGAAUUGCUACAUGGCUAUUUUAUAUGAGUGAUGUGUCAGCAGGUGGAGCAACUGUUUUUCCUGAAGUAGGAGCAAGUGUUUGGCCUAAAAAGGGAACUGCUGUUUUCUGGUAUAACCUGUUUGCCAGUGGAGAGGGAGAUUAUAGUACACGACACGCUGCCUGUCCAGUACUAGUUGGAAACAAAUGGGUAUCCAAUAAAUGGCUCCAUGAACGUGGGCAGGAGUUUCGAAGACCAUGCACCUUGUCAGAAUUGGAGUGAUGAAUAGGCCACCCUUCUCCUGUUACGUGCUAGUGUGUCUGAUACACACAUUUCCCAGUCUUAACUUUCAAGUUUACAAUUGACUAACACUCCAUGAUGAUUCAGUCAUGAACCUCAUCCCAUUUUCAUCUGUGGACAAUCACUAACUUUGUGGGUUUGUUGGUUUGUUUUUUUUUUCCCAAAGUAACACUAAGUCAUCUACGAGACCUUGAAAUUCCCUUGGUGUCACAGAGGACAAAGCAUUGGAUAAAGUGAAGAAGUUUUACAUCCGUGUUUUAAAGAACUCUUUGUUGGAUAAAACAUAAUUACUAUAAUUUGAUAGUAUUUCAUCGCAUCUCAGCUGGCAGGCCAUAGGCCCCACUGGGCCCUGAGAUCAGUGUGUGCCUGGGUGGUGCUCUCUGAGCACUAGUCAUCAGCUCAGACUCUCCAGGGUCCACCCAGUGCUUGCCCCCUGCAGAGCUGUUCUGAGUGAUUCCCCCCCAUGUCCUGUACCGAAUUAUAAUCCUUUGCUCAUA